CAGUGCUCUGCUGCGGAUGUUUAGUGUGUUUGCGAGCAGAGCUUUUCGACUGCGCUACGGUAAAGGCUAGUUAGCUUCACAAUAGUUGAAUAAGACGGCCACAUAUGGAGUUCUACCGACACAAAGAAGCAAAUCCCUGACAAACCAGGGUGUUAAACCAUCUUCAGCCUGAAUUUCAAACAAUUCCUGGACCAGACGUUCUGUUCAACUCCAGCAUCGUCCUCCACCGCUGCUCCGUGACUCCUCCUCUCCUCCGUCCUCUGCUUCCACCACCUUCAUCCUUCUCUCCCCCGUCAUGGCACCUGUGUUCCCACUCUGGCAGUGUCACUGACCUCCACCUCGGUCAUCCACCAUGGAGAGAAAACGCAGAAAGAAAUCCCAUUAGCCGCUCUGCUCGUUCGCAGUAUGGACUCCGUCUCAGAGCUCUGGACCUGAGAUGUUCUGUCCCCUCCCUGGACCUAGCACAGCUUUGAGCUGCUCUCCUUCUCAUUCAAAAUAGCACAACUGCUGGUUUACUUUUAAAGGCCUCAUGGUCUGUUCCACCUCUCUGCUCAAAAUGCUCCUGUUUCCCGUCUGGGGCUCAAUUCUUUUCUGCCUCCUGACGGGCUUCCUGCCUGUGGUGGGGAUGGAGCCUGCAGGGGGCGCCAGGUCCGGCUCUGAACCCACCCCUGAUCCUGACCCCGACCCCCUACUCUCACCGUCUGCCUCCAACUGCUCCCAGUUAACCCUGAAGCUGGAGUUCUCCACCAAGGUGGUGGAACACGAGUACAUCGUAGCAUUCACGGGCUACUUCUCGGCCAGAGCUCGUAGCCACUACAUCAGCAGUGCCAUCAGGAACACCAGGGACCAGGAUCUGGAGUGGCACAUCGUUCCCAGAGAAAACCCGGCGUCAGACUUUCCCAGCGACUUUGAGCUGGUCCACAUCCGUCAGGCCUCACCCAGCAGUCUGCUGACCCUGGAGGACCACCCUUACAUCAAGAGGGUGACACCGCAACGCAAAGUGUUCCGAACGCUCAAAUACUUUCCCUCAUCUGAACCCUCGGCGCCCUGCAACGCCACCCGAGGGACGCAAUCGUGGCAAUCAUCCCGUCCAUUCAGAAGAACCAGUCUGUCACUCGGUUCCGGUUUCUGGCACGCCACCGGACGCCACUCCAGCAGGCGUCUGCUGCGGGCCAUCCCACGCCAGGUGGCCCAGAUCCUGCAGGCAGAUGUGCUGUGGCAGAUGGGACACACUGGUUCGGGUGUGAAGGUUGCGGUGUUCGACACGGGCCUGAGUGAAAAGCACCCGCACUUCAAGAACGUCAAAGAGAGGACCAACUGGACCAAUGAGAAGACGCUGGACGACGGCCUGGGUCACGGGACGUUCGUUGCAGGAGUCAUCGCCAGUAUGAGGGAGUGUCAGGGCUUCGCCCCCGACUCUGAGCUGCACAUCUUCAGAGUCUUCACCAACAACCAGGUUUCUUACACCUCGUGGUUCCUGGACGCCUUCAACUACGCCAUCCUGAAGAAGAUCGACGUUCUCAACCUCAGUAUCGGGGGCCCUGACUUCAUGGACCACCCUUUUGUUGAUAAGGUGUGGGAGCUGACGGCCAACAGGGUCAUCAUGGUUUCUGCCAUUGGCAACGACGGACCUCUGUACGGCACCCUGAACAAUCCUGCAGACCAGAUGGACGUGAUCGGGGUCGGAGGCAUCGACUUUGAGGACAACAUCGCCAGGUUUUCCUCCAGAGGCAUGACUACCUGGGAGCUGCCAGGAGGCUACGGCAGAGUGAAGCCUGACAUUGUCACAUACGGCUCCGGUGUCCGCGGCUCAGGGAUGAAGGAGGGCUGUCGCUCUCUGUCAGGCACCAGUGUCGCCUCACCCGUGGUGGCUGGAGCGGUCACACUGCUGGCCAGCACCGUCCUGAACCGGGAGUUGGUGAACCCGGCCUCCAUGAAACAGGCCCUGAUCGCAUCGGCCCGCAGGCUGCCGGGGGUGAACAUGUUCGAGCAGGGCCAUGGGAAACUCGACCUCAUCAGAGCCUAUCAGAUUCUCAACAGCUACAGACCUCAGGCCAGUCUGUCUCCCAGCUACAUCGACCUGACAGAGUGUCCGUACAUGUGGCCCUACUGUUCCCAGCCCAUAUACUACGGAGGAAUGCCCACUAUUGUUAACGUGACCAUCCUUAACGGCAUGGGCGUCACAGGCAGGAUCGUGGACAAGCCCAUCUGGCAGCCCUACCUCCCUCAGAACGGUGACCACAUCGACGUGGCCGUCUCCUAUUCGCCCGUGCUGUGGCCCUGGGCCGGAUACCUGGCCGUGUCUAUCUCUGUGGCCAAAAAGGCGGCGUCCUGGGAGGGCAUCGCUCAGGGUCAUGUGAUGGUUACCGUGGCAUCGCCUGCAGAAAAUGAUUCUGAGGUCGGAGGAGAGCUGACCUCCACGGUCAAACUGCCCAUUAAGGUGAAGAUUGUACCGACGCCUCCUCGCAGCAAGAGGGUGCUGUGGGACCAGUACCAUAAUCUGCGUUACCCUCCGGGCUACUUCCCCAGGGACAACCUCCGCAUGAAAAACGACCCUCUGGACUGGAACGGAGACCACAUCCACACUAACUUCAGAGACAUGUACCAGCACCUGAGGAGCAUGGGAUACUUCGUGGAGGUCCUGGGAGCUCCCAUCACCUGCUUUGACGCCAGUCAGUACGGUGCGUUCACGAACACGAGGACAGAAUCUAUUUAUUUUUCAUUGACUCUGUUGAAAAUUGUGUUUUGUUUUUUUUUAAAUUAUUUUCUUGGUGUCACUUGCAGGCAGUGGUGGAUGCCAGACACGGGGGGCGCUAACGUACCAGCACUGAACGACCUGAUCUCAGUGUGGGGGAUGGCUUUUGGUGAUGGGCUGUAUGAGGGGGACUUCACCCUGGCUGAUCAUGACAUGUAUUAUGCCUCAGGCUGCAGUAUUGCCCGAUUCCCAGAAGAUGGAAUUGUCAUUGCCAAGAACCUAAAGGACCAAGGUCUGGAGGUGUUGAAGCAGGAGACGGCAGUGGUGGAAGGGGUUCCCAUCCUGGGACUGUACCAAACACCUUCAGAGGGCGGAGGUCGCAUCGCACUGUACGGAGAUUCGAACUGUAUCGACGACAGCCACAGACAGAAAGAUUGUUUCUGGCUGCUGGACGCUCUCCUUCAGUACACCUCCUACAGCAUGACUCCUCCCAGCCUCAGCCACUCUCACAGUAGAGUAGCGCCACCUGCAGGCACAGACCGCCUCCUGCCUCAGAGACUGGAAGGAAACCACCUCUACCGCUACUCCAAGGUCCUGGAGGCUCACCUGGGAGACCCUAAGCCCCGCCCAUUGCCAGCGUGUCCUCACCUGUCCUGGGCAAAGCCACAGCCAGUCAAUGAGACAGCACCCAGUAACCUGUGGAAACACCAGAAACUCCUCUCGGUGGAUCUGGACAAAGUGGCUCUGCCUAACGUGAGGGCCUACCGUCCCCAGGUCAGACCUCUGUCUCCUGGUGAGAGCGGAGCCUGGGACAUUCCUGGAGGAAUAAUGCCUGGUCACUACAACCAGGAGGUGGGCCAGACCAUUCCCGUCUUUGCCUUCCUGGGAGCCAUGGUGGUCCUGUCCUUUUUCGUGGUCCAACUCACCAAGGCCAAGAACAAACCCAAGCGCAGGAAACCCCGCGUGAAACGCCCCACGUACCUGCAGCAGCAGCAGCAAACGACCAUGGGGAAAAACCCCACAGUCUGAGCAGGAACUGCAGCACCGAUGGACUGCACCUGCACAAAGAACUCAUGUUCGCCUCUGGAGAGUUUGGGAAUUGCGAUGAACUGCCGAGACAGACGUCUGACUGCCAUUAGACCCUAACCCUCCAGACGGGAACCGCCAACCACGCGUUUGCUGGAUUUUCCGUUUUUGUGCCUCUCAUCGGUUCCGGGCUGUUCCUGGACGUUUGUGGACUGAUGAACAGUGUUAGACACAUGAUGUCAAACAUCUGGCCCCUGAAACAAACAAACAAACGUCUGUUUUUCCCCUUCUCUUCUCUGACCAAACUGUUUCCUCGUGACUGACUUUCUAUUAAUUUAUUGAAUUUGUCCGUUCCCUACAAAAAAAACAAAACACAAUUGGACUAAAUAAAAACACUAAAACAUAAUGACAGCCAUUACGGGAUAAAAGCAGUGACAACCCCCCCCACACACACACACACACACACGUGCAGUGACGUUUGUACCGUGACUGCUCCGUGGUCGUCAUCCUCUUCCUGUUUCCUGUCUGUUUCUGUCUUUUCAUGGUUUUUGUACUUUCUAUAACGAGCGAACUUUCACAGACCUUCUGUUGAUGAACCUUCAUGAUCUCACGAUCAACAAAGUAGCAUCGACUUCUUCAACUAUAUCUCAUCAAUUAAAAAGCAUUAAAAAAUGG